UAUUAUUACUUUCAAGAUGGGAUACCAUAUAUAAAUUAUUAUUACUUUCAAGAGGGGAUACCAUAUAUAAAUUAUUAUUACUUUCAAGAUGGGAUACCAUAUAUAAAUUAUUAUUACUUUCAAGAGGGGAUACCAUAUAUAAAUUAUUAUUACUUUCAAGAUGGGAUACCAUAUAUAAAUUAUUAUUACUUUCAAGAUGGGAUACCAUAUAUAAAUUAUUAUUACUUU